AUGAGUGAGAAUUACCCAACUCUAACGCAGACCGCGCUUGUCGCUGCCGCCUUCAAAGUUCUCCUGUUCCCCGCAUACAAAUCAACCGACUUUGAGGUUCACCGCAACUGGCUUGCCAUCACAAACAGUCUUCCUCUGGAGAAAUGGUACACGGAGAGUACCUCAGAAUGGACCCUGGAUUACCCCCCUUUCUUCGCCUAUUUCGAAUGGGUGAUGGCCCACGUCGCCCGCCUCGUCGAUCCCCUCAUGGUCAAGGUCUACAACCUCGACUACCAGAGCUGGCAGACAGUUUACUUUCAGCGCACCACCGUUAUCAUCACGGAACUUGUUUUGGUCUGGGCUCUUCAGACGUUUAUAGACACAGCCCCCCUGAAGUCGCGACGUGCAGCUCAGGUCGUUGCACUGUCCAUCAUUCUUUCUCCUGGGCUGCUCAUCAUUGAUCACAUUCACUUCCAGUACAAUGGCUUCAUGUACGGUAUUCUUGUCAUGUCCCUUGUCCUUGCGCGCCAUAAAAACGAGCUGUUGUCCAGUGGUCUGAUCUUUGCUACUCUGCUAUGCUUCAAGCAUAUCUACUUGUACCUGGCACCCGCCUACUUCGUCUACCUCCUGCGGGCCUACUGCCUAUCAUCCAAGUCUAUCUUCCGCAUUCGAUUUCUGAACUCUAUCAAGUUGGGCUUGGGAAUUUUAACGAUCUUUGGAGCUGCUUUGGGCCCGUUCGCUGCCAUGAAUCAGCUCCCUCAGCUCAAGGAACGACUCUUUCCUUUCUCCCGUGGCCUUUGCCAUGCCUACUGGGCGCCUAACUUCUGGGCUCUUUACUCCUUUGCGGACCGAAUCCUGAUUCACGUUGCUCCAAGACUUGGUUGGGCCGUCAAUAAGAGCGCGUUGCAAAGUGUCACCCGCGGUUUGGUCGGAGACACAGCAUUCGCCGUACUACCUGAAAUCGGUACAUCAAUCUGUUUCUUCACCACAUUGUUCUUUCAGAUCGUGCCUCUUAUCAAGCUCUUCUUCCAACCAACCUGGGAGACCUUUAUUGGUGCAGUCACUCUUUGUGGUUACGCCUCUUUCCUCUUCGGAUGGCAUGUUCACGAGAAGGCUAUUCUUCUGGUCAUCAUUCCCUUCAGUCUGAUCGCCCUUCGAGACAGACGGCAUCUAGGAGCCUUCCGUCCGUUGGUUGUUGCUGGCUACGUGUCACUCUUCCCGCUGCUAUUCACGCCGGCAGAGUUUCCCAUCAAGACCGUCUACACUAUUAUGUGGCUGGUGGUAUUCCUCAUGGCGUUUGAUCGCCUCGCCCCCGCUUCCAACAAGUCCAGGAUCUUCCUACUGGACCGAUUCAGCACGCUGUACAUUGCUAUAAGCAUCCCACUCAUUCUCUACUGCUCGCUCCUACAUCAGGUGAUAUUUGGAAAACGCUACGAGUUCAUCCCGUUAAUGUUCACAAGCUCGUACUCUGCCAUUGGUGUGGUUGGAAGCUGGAUAGGCUACGGGGUGGUGUAUUUCACAGCGUGA